AGGACCACAUCCAUACUUCACACCCAAAAUGCCUUUCGUCAAGGUUCAAAAGAGCAGCGCGUACUUCUCUAGGUACCAAGUCAAACCCCGUCGUCGACGUGAGGGUAAGACUGACUACUAUGCUCGUCGUCGUCUUGUCACUCAGGCCAAGAACCGCUACGAGUCUCACAAAUACAGACUCGUAGUACGUAUCACCAACCGACAAGUUAUCUGCCAAGUCGUUUACGCCAAACUUCAAGGCGACUUUGUUCUCUGUCACGCUUCUUCGAAAGAGCUUCCUAGGUACGGCAUUGAACACGGUUUGACAAAUUGGACUGCUGCCUAUGCCACUGGUCUUCUUUGCGCUCGUCGGGCUUUGACAAAACUUGGUCUUGCGGAUAAAUACGAAGGUGUCACCGAACCCACUGGAGAGCUUCAACUCACCGAACCUCUUGGCGAUGACGAACCUAGACCUUUCAAAUGUUAUCUCGAUGUCGGUCUUCGAAGGACUUCCACUGGUAGUCGUAUCUUCGGCGCUAUGAAGGGUGCUUCCGACGGAGGUAUCUUCAUCCCCCACAGCGACAGACGUUUCCCAGGUUUCGAUCCUGAAACCAAAACUCUUGAUGCUGAGGUGUUGCAAAAGUACAUUGUCGGUGGACAUGUAGCUGAGUACAUGGAGUCUCUCGAGGAGGAAGACGAUGAGCGUUUCAAGAAACAAUUCGCAACCUACCUCGCCUCAGACAUCUCUUCCGCCGACAUCGAAGAAAUGUACACUUCUGCCUACGCCGCUAUCCGUGAAGACCCAAGCUUCAAACCCACCGAGAAAGACACUGCCAAGUGGAAAACCGAAUCGAGAAAACUCCGAUCAAGCAAGCUCAACCGCGAGCAACGCAGAGAACGUGUCGAGGAGAAGAUUGCUGCUUACAAGGCAGGCAGGGCGGAUGCGGAGGAGGAAGAGGACGAGGAAGAAGAGGAAGAGGACGAAGAUUAGAUGGCGUUUCGUGUGUCAGGUCCUUUCUGAUGCAUGGUGCUUCACAUCAGGUCGUCCUUU